AUGCAGCAGCCUUCAAGGAAAUUUAAUUCUAAAACUCGUGUACUUCAAGAUGAAGGGGAGGAAGAAGAAUGUUAUUCUAUGUAUACACUUGAUGGUAAGAAGAAAGCUUCUUCUCAAAUACAAGAAUCAUUCAUAAUUCAAGGUCAGAAAAUUGAUAUGGAAAUUUACACGGGCGCAUCCGUUUCUGUGAUCAAUGAAGACACGUUUAGGUUGUUGAAAAUUAAUUCUCCAUUGAGAAAAUCCAAAGCUAUAUUACUUACUUUCACAGGUGAGAAAAUUAUUCCACUGGGAGUGAUUGAUGUUUCUGUUCAAUAUCAGAAUCAAGAAAAAACAUUGCCAUUAUUGGUAGUUGCUCACGGUCCAACCUUGAUGGGCAGGAACUGGUUGCACGAGAUUCGUUUGAAUUGGGGAAAAAUUCAAAACAAAUUUGGCAUAAAUAAAGUUUCAUCUACAAAUCAUACUGCACUGAAUGAACUUCUUCAGAAAUAUGAUCAUUUAUUUAAAGAUGAACUUGGUGCACUGACAGGGAAAAAGGCUACAAUUUACCUAAAGGAAGGUGUCACACCAGUGUUUAUGAAAAGUCGUCCAGUUCCGUAUGCACUACGUGAGGGAAUUGAAGUUGAAUUGGAGCAAUCAGAAGCUCAAGGGACUAUCAAACCGGUUGAAUUUUCAGAUUGGGCUACACCAAUUGUUCCAGUUGUGAAAUCUGAUUCUACAGUAAGAAUUUAUGGUGACUAUAAGAUGACAAUUAACAAGGCUUGUAAAGUGGAUUCUUAUCCAAUACCAAAGGUGGAUGAUCUUUAUGCUAAGUUAGGUGGUGGACAGAAAUACACUGAACUUGAUUUGAGUCAUGCUUAUGAACUACUUUUGGAUGAUGUUUCAAGUGAAUAUGUAACAAUAAAUACACAUAGGGUACUCUAUCAUUAUCAGUGUCUUCCAUAUGGCGUUUCAUCAUCUCCAGGAAUUUUUCAAUGUACCAUGGAAUGUUUGUUUCAUAACAUACCAAAUUUUGUGGCAUACUUGGACAAUUUGAUAAUAACAGGUUCAAAUGAUGAUGAACAUUUGGAAAACGUAUCCAAAGUUUUGGAGAAACUUUCACAGUCUGGUUUACGUUUAAAAAGAAGCAAAUGUCAGUUCAUGGCAGAGAAAAUGAUGGUACUUGGACAUGUAAUCAGGGAACAAGGUAUUCAACCAUGUGAAGCCAAAGUUAAAGCUGUUCAUGAUGCUCCUGUGCCUACAAACAUUACAGAGUUAAAAGCCUACCUUGGUUUAGUCAACUACUAUCACAGGUAUCUUCCAAACUUGUCAUCGAUGUUAGCUCCGCUAUAUGAUUUGCUGAAGAAAAAUAUGGUGUGGAGGUGGUCGUCAAAACAACAACAAGUGUUUGAUUCAUAUAAACGUUUGCUAUGUUCAGAUACUUUAUUGGUACAUUAUGAUCUGGAGAAAAAAAUGAUUUUAUCAUGCAACACUUCUCCUUACGGAGUUGGGGCAGUUUUGUCUCAUGUGAUGGAAAACGGUGAUGAGAGACCAAUUGGAUACGCUUCAAGAACACUUGCUCCUGCUGAAAAGAACUAUUCACAGCUAGACAAAGAAGGAUUAGCAAUGAUAUUUGGAGUUAAGAAAUUUUAUCAAUAUCUGUAUGGCAGAAGUUUUAAGAUCACAACUGAUCAUAAGCCUUUGCUUGGUCUUCUUGGUGAGAACAAGGGUAUACCAUCCAUGGCAUCUGCACGUCUACAGCGUUGGGCUUUGACAUUAGCAGCAUAUGACUAUCAUUUAGAAUACAAAAGUGGCAAAGAAAAUGAAAAUAGUGAUGCACUUAGCAGAUUACAGUUACCUUAUUUUCCAGAGACAGUUCCUUUGCUAGGGGAGGAAAUUCUCAUGUUGGAACGUUUGGAAUCAACACCACUUGAUGCUAAACAAAUAAAAAUGUGGACUCGUUCUGAUCCAGUUUUGUCCAAAGUUUUGCUAUAUACCCAGAAAGGGUGGCCAAAGAUUUGUACACACGAUGAAUUGCAAUCGUAUUUCAGACGUAAAGAUGAAAUUAGUACACAAGAUGGAUGUUUGCUUUGGGGAUCAAGAAUAAUUGUUCCACCUCAAGGACGAGAGAGAGUACUGAAAGAACUUCAUACAACUCUUCCUGGAAUGACUAAAAUGAAAGGAAUGGCUAGAAGCUUGAUUUGGUGGCCAAAAAUGGAUCAAGAAAUUGAAGAGACAGUAAGAUUAUGUCAUACUUGUCAGUUAAAUCAAAAAUCUCCCCCUAAAUCUCCACUUCAUCCAUGGGAGUGGCCAGAACGACCAUGGUCAAGAAUUCAUGUGGAUCAUGCAGGACCAUUUCACAAUCAUUUGUACCUUGUGGCUCAUAAUUGUGGAUGCUCAUUCUAA